GGGUAACUUCAACAGUUCUUGCAGUGGGUGAAGCAAUAUCUCUUAAGAAACCACAACAAACAGCAGUUACAUUUUGAUGCUUUGGCUAGUCAUGGCUCAUGGAAGGGUAGUUACGCCAGAUACCUGGACUCUUGAGAACUGCUCCAAAUCUGCUGAAGAACUCCUCCAGUUCGCGCUCGGACGUUUCCUAUGCGAGCCCAUAAACCACCAGGUCAGCGGUACCAAGACAUUCUUGUUUCACAUCCAUUUCCUCUAUUUUCCUCUUCUUGCCUAAAGAUAGAUGUGUCCAUCAAACAUAGUCAGCACUUUUAAAAAUAGCUAAACAAAUAUUCCCAUUAGUUGCACUGAAAAAUUUGAGUGAAGCAGAUCAUUCUACAGCUACAUGAAACUUAAUCCUAGGUUCCUCACUGGGUUUAAGGCUUUUAAAGUUUUUCAUUCUUAAGUACCACUGUGUUCAAAUGGGGCCAAUUCCUUAAUAACUAUUUAGGAUUGCAGCCUUGGGGUGUAUUUGUUUUGUUUACCAAUUGCUCCCACUUGCAUUUGGGGGGAAGUUUUAUUUGAAUCCUUUUCAUCUUUAAAACUGUUAGGCGUGUCCCAUAUAUUUAAAAGAUGAAAAGAAACCAUGUAAUUUAGUUGAUCGAUAAGGGGUCUAAAAAUAAAAGAUGCCCAAUUGCCUAACAAUUUGAGCAACUUAUAGGACUUUGGAAAUCUAGGACAAACUAAAAGAAAAUCUAUUAUCCGUAUAUAUUUUUUCAUAGUCAAAGAACCCAUAAUUCUUUCUAUUUUUUUAAAAGAGCAAUACAGCACAUAAAAGCAAGGACUGAGCCAUUUCAGAGCACACGGGAAACUGAAGCUUUCCAGGCAGUACACAGCACAGGGAAUACUUGCAUCACCUUUGGGAUGAUCACAGAAUCAGAGUUGGAAGGGACCUCUGAGGGUCAUCUAGUCCAACCCCCUGCAAUGAAGGAACCUCAACUCAAGCAGCCGUGAUAGAUGGCCAUGCAGCCCUCUCCCAUAGGAGAGCAUAAAGCAGCCAGUUAAAUCUUCUUCCUUCCAUUUACCCCAUUAGGACACAAAAGCAAUAACCUCAUGUCUGGGAAAGGGAAGGCAAGGCAGAAGAGAAAGGUAGGGUUUGGCUUUAAGGGCAUAGCGAUCUGCUCUUUUACUCUUGAGCAAGAACUUCAUGUCUCGAGAGGCAGCUAGGCAGCAUCUUACCCACCUUAACAUGCGCAACACAUGCACAGAGGUGGGGCAGGGCAAGAUUUCCCCCCACCCCACUACUCUGAAAUAAAUAACCCCCUCGAUGUUUUUUGCAGCGUCUGAGGAGCUUGCUACUUUGCAGGCUGUUGAGCUGUGGCUGCGAGGGGGGUGGGGGGAGAGCUGAGGCAGAGACGGUUUUGCAGUGAUUGUAACUGUUUUGCAUGGUGACAUCUCUGCAAAACCCUGCAAAACCGAUCUUUGCCUCGGCUCUCCCGUGGAAAACCGUUACAAUCCCUGCAAACAUUUCAUCCCCCCCCAAUAGUUAAUUUUAGUUAAUUUUCCGAAUUUAUAACAAACAUAAAAAACAUUACAAUAUAAAAAAGACAAGCGAACAAACAUAUAUCCUAACUGUUAAAAUUCCAAUUUAAUUAUCGUUAGUCCCCCUAGCUGAGUUUCCAUAUAACUCAUUGCAGCAGUUUUCCAAUAUCCCUGCAAACGUUGCAAACGAUUUCUCGGUACACCCCCAACCACACCCGUGCCCAACAUACACGCAUGCACGCUUCCAAGUGAUAAGCUUUGUAGGCUUCACGGACUUCAUAUAAUAAACUGUACAAUGAUUCUAAGAACCUGGGGGUGCAGAAAGGCUGCCCCUGGACUGGGAGGCUCCAUAAGGCCUUAGGAAGAGCUCGGCAGCUGGAUGAGGCCAAGCGAGGCCCCGUCCUCCUAUCCUUGCAGCAAGCAGCCCCCCAGAGAUGCCCUUACCCGCAAGCAGGAUUCGAACGCAGGACCAGCCGUGGUUCGCAGCAAGGGGGAGUCCGACGCGUUUGCUGCUGCGGUGCUGCUUAUCUCUCUCUUCCUCCCUAAUUCCUUUGUUUAUUGCAUUUAUAUCCCACCUUCCCCCCCCCAAUGAUCUCCAGGUGGCGCCCCUGGUUCUCCCCCUCCUCCACGUGUCAUCCUAACAACCACCCUGCGAGGUAGGUUAGGUCGAGAGGCAGUGAAGGGCCCACGGCCACCCAGUGACUCCCACGGCCGAGUGGGGAUUCGAACCCAGGUCCUUAGCCCGACACUCUAACCGUUAUACCACACUGCCGCCCUUCCGUGACAUGUGGGCCGGGCCUCAGAACGGGGUCGGGGUUAGGGCUCUCCCUGGCCGCCUCUCAAUGGGCCAACGCGGGAGCUGGGCGCGUUAACGGGUUGGCGCAUUCACACGAGGGCUGAACGCGCGAGGACCCGGAUGUCUCGGCCUCUUCCCGGCCUCCCCCUCCCCGCUUGGCGCCGCCGCCCAUCAUGCACCGCGGCAGCCUCCCCGCAGCGUCGCCAGCCCCGGAGCGGAAGCCCCCUCCUCUUCUGGGCGGGAGAGGGCGCCUUCUCCCCGCCGCUGCGCCUUCUGGGAUUUGUAGCCCCGACGCCCUUGCCGCGCGUGCCCGCCUCCGCCCCGGUCCUCUCGCCAAGACUACAUCUCCCGUCGGCCCGCGCGGCUUGUUUUCCUUCAAACCCCGCGAGCGAGCCCUCUCCCUCCCUCGCCUCCUGACAGGGCUCCUGACAGGAUUGUCCCUCGCCGGCCACUGUUCGGGCCUCCGUCACCGCCUCGCCUCUCGCGCCGUCCACUCCCUCCUCCUCCUCCUCGUUUCCCCCCUCCCUUUUCCCGCCCACCCUUUCGAAGACCUUUGACCCCCAGCCCCCUCCUCCUCCUCCUCCUCCGUUGUUAUGUCGGGCCUCGGCGGCGGCGGCGGCAACACCACCCUCAGCAUCCCUUAGAGCGCGCGCGCGCCGGGCCCCCCUCCCUCUCGCCUGCCUGCCUGCCCUUUUUCUUCCCCUCAGCCGCCUCGCGCGCGCGCAGCCCAGCGCCCCGCCCCUCCCCCCCCGCCGCCAAAACCGCGCCCGAGUAACGGUCGGCCGCGCGCGCUCCCGUCUGCCUGCCCUGCCUCCUCCUCCUGCUCGCUCCCGCUCUCUGCCCCCCCCGCGCGGCCGCUCUUGUCCUCCGCCGCCCCCCGCUCCGACCUCCUCGCGCGCGCGCGCCUGCCGGGAGCGCCCCUCGCUUGUUUUCCCCUCGGAGGAAGAUGAAGGAGAUGAAGCAGAGGAGGAAGAAGGAGCGCACGUGGGCCGAGGCCGCCCGCCUGGUGAGAAAGUGGGGGGGGGGCGGCUGGAAGGAAGAAUAAGCCCCUCGCGUGGGGUUUUUAUUUCUUUUUGUGUGUGCAUUGGGGGGGGUGUUAUGGGGCGGAGGGCUCUUCCUUGCCGCUCCCUUUGUGUGGGGCGGGGAGGGAGGAGCUGCUUCCCCAUAGGAGAACUCCUCGCCUUCUCCAGGUGGGAGAGCUACGGGGGCACAACUCCCACUUCCCCUCGACUCUCCCGGUUGACCCCCGUGGGGUGUCAUAGAAGCCCCCCCACGAGGAUGGGCGUAAGAACGAGGGUAAAGCCAUGCAGGAGGGUCAAAACUUGAAAUCCCCCCCAGUUCGGUCUUUGGGGCUCUUAGGCCCUGCACAGGAUACACAAAGUGGAGGUGGGAAACGUGAAGCCCUCCAGGUGAUACUGGACUACAACUCCCAUCAUCCCCUGACCAUAUUGGAGGUGGGAGUUCAACAGCAGUCAGAGGGCCGCAAGUUUCCCCAUUCCCCGAUACAGAAUCUCUGUCAUAAGGAUGCCAGAAGAGCCCGGCUGCUGGAUCAGGCCACAGAUUUGUCUAGUCCACCAUCCUGUUCUCACAGUGGCCAACCAGACCCCUUGGCAGUAAGUCUGCACAGAGAACCAGAAUGCAUCUGUGCUCUCCUGGAUGUAAUUCUUAACAGCUGGUAUUGAGAGGCAUGCUUCAUCUGACAGUGGAAGGAGAACAUAACAGUCCUGCAUAGUAACUAUAGAUAUCCUUGUGUUCCUUGAAUUUUUCUAAUCCACCAUUAAAGCCGCCCAGGCUGGUUGCCAUCAUGCUUUGGUAAGAAGUGUCAUAGUUCUGUGAAAAAGAACUUUCUUUUCUCCUGACCUUUCAGCUUCAUUGGAUUGCCACAGAUUCUAGUGUUAUGAGAGAGGGGUAAAACCUUUUUAUAAACUUCUGAAAUGCCCCUAAUUGAUUUUUCUCCAAACUAAAAAGUCCCAAAUGAUGUAACCUUUUCUCACAGGAGAGCUGCUGCAGACCCCAGUCAUUUUUACUGCUUCCUUCUGAAGUGAAAUAACUAUACACAAUAUUCCAAAUGUGGUCACAUGUCCAAGGUGCUAACAUCACAUUUAUGUUUGUGUGUAGGUUCUGUGAAGGCUGUGCUAGUAAUACACAAGUUCAUCUGCAAACAAAUGACAAUUGCUUCAGUCUCCCUAGAAUAAGGAGAAACACAAUACAGUGGCACCUUGGUUUUCAAACGUCUCUGUUGACGAACAUUUCGGUUUUUGAAUGCUGUAAACAUGCCGAGUAAAUGGUUUGGUUUUUGAACACGCCUCAGAAGUCGAACAUGCCAUGUGGCUUCCGCAUUGGGUUUUUUGUUUUUGAACAUUUCAGAACUCAAACGGUAUUCUGGAACAGAUUACGUUCGAAAACCAAGGUACCACUGCAAUAAUAUCUAGAGGGGUAGCCAUGUUACAACCCAAUCAUAGCCAUGUCUACUCAGAAUUAAGCCCCAUUGAAUUCAGUAGGACUUGCUCUAAUGUAAGUGGGGUUAGUAUUGAAAUCAUUAUGAUACAGCCGCCUAGUGGGUAACUGAUGAAAUGGGUCACAAGACAGAGUGUUUUUGCAAUAAUAUUCUUCACAUUUGUAUAAUGCUUUCAAAUGUUCAAAAUGAUUCAUAUGCCUAUAAUGUAAGUUAGUGUUUUCCCCAGAUGGACAGGAUUAAGGCUGAGAUAGACAUGUUUGUCAGAGGCCAACUUUUAAGUUCAUUGCACACUUGAGAUUCAAACCCAAGGACUUGCAUAUUUGUAGCUCAACCUCAUACCUACUGCAGCACACCAGCUUUGCAAUAAGGAUCCUAUAAUGGGAAGAGAGGAGCCCGUCAGGAAAUAAUGAAGCGUUGGACUGGAAUUCCAUUUUGUGUAUUUAGAAAUUUUUCAAUGCCACAGGGAUUUAUACUUCAUUCAUUCUCCAUAGAGCGCUCCCUCAGGAUGCAAGAAAUUUGAGAGCUUGUCCUAUAAUUUAUACUUAUGUCAUGGGGCUUGGAAUGAGUUACACAGAAAUUGUCUGAAGCAUAGUAUAUGGUUGCACAGUUCUUUCCACAUUAGAGGCAGUAUACAAUGUGGUAGAAUAAACUUUUUUUGGAAAGAUUGCUUCUGGUUCGGGGUAUGAAAAUGAAUUUCCAAGCUCAGAGUUAGUCACCUCUGUUUUCCUGAUAUAUACUUGUCUAUGUGUGAGUAAAGAGUCACCUCUGUUUAAGUUCAUUCAUGUUGGCAUAAGCAUGUCAGUUACAGUGGUACCUCGGGUUACAGAUGCUUCAGGUUACAGACUCCGCUACCCAGAAAUAGUACCUCGGGUUAAGAACUUUGCUUCAGGAUGAGAACAGAAAUCAUGCAGCAGCAGGAGGCCCCAUUAGCUAAAAUGGUGCUUCAGGUUAAGAACAGUUUCAGGUUAAGAACGGACCUCCAGAACGAAUUAAGUAUGUAACCAGAGGUACCACUGUAUACCUGUGUUGCCUGACUAUGGUAGGGACUUUUAGUACCAUGAUAACACUGUUACUGUAUUGUAUAUUGACUUGCCGGGCAGAGCAAACUCAAAAAAUGCUAGGUGUCUUUCUAGAUGGAGGUUAUUUCUCACUUCAUUAGACAUACCUCUACCUGUGACAUACAUGUGAUGGAAAGAGAAGCUAAAAUGCUACUGCCAUGUUUAUCUAGGACUCUAGAGCAGGGGUCAGCAAGGUUUACCGGCCAUGGGCCGGAUCACUCCCAUGGAGAUCGUCUGUGGGCCGGAUUGGCGCAGCGUAAUACCAGAAAUUGCAUCUGUGCAUGUCCGUGGCGCCGGAAAUCGCUUCUUCGCGUGCACAGAUGCCAAAAAUCACGCCUGUGCAAAAGCGAUUUUCGGCGUCUGGACAUGCCCAGAUGUGAUUUCCGGUAUCUGCACUUGCGCAGAUGUGAUUUCCAGUGCUGCCCGGAGAGUUGCUACGCUGGUUUAGCGCAGCACGCAGGGGACUCGCCGAGCAGGCGGCUCAUGGGUCGGUAAAACGGUCUUCAUGGGCUGCACGUUGCCAACCCCUGCUCUAGAGGCAGGGGCACUAUCUCCUCCCCACAAUAUGUGUAAAGAGAAAAGUUUCUCCUCUGUAGUAGUAAUUGGUACACACAUUGCAGAGUUGAGGCAGGACUUGGGAAUCUCUUACAGCUGUUUAAUACAUUUUUAAAAAGAAAACUCAAUAAAGCCUGGGAAAGUUUGUGUGCCCACUGGUUCUCAUCUUCAGAAUGACAUGGGGACAUCUGUUUCCACAUUUUAAGCCUCGCAGCAAAGGGAGAAGAAUUUUGCCUGCUGUUGUCAUUUCCACAUAAGAUUCCACAGUGACAAGUUGCUACAACCUCUGAGGCAGGAAGGCAUCCCAUGGAAAUUGUUUCUCCUGCUCUGGAUGUUCUCACAUUCUUAGUUUCCCAUUGGCUGAAACAAGGAGGUGAAAGAAUGGGCCACUAUAGAGCAUUGGUUCAUUGCUGUCUAGUGCUGUGUCUGGUAGAAGCUGGGAAUCAUACUCUCAUGUCCAGUUGGGAAGGACUGUUUCUUAAAGCAGGAUUGUGUUCCCCCCUUUUAUGAGAAUAGGUGAUUUACCAUUUAUUCUCGCUCUCCUUCCAUAAGAACUGUAUUGAAAUAGACUGCCUGGCUCAUACAUUAUGGUUGGUUGAGGUAAUUUUCACUGUCCUUUUUACAAAGGAGAAACCUUCUUUAAAGAUACAGUGGUACCUCGCAAGAUGAAUGCCUCGCAAGACGGAAAACUCGCAAAACGAAAGGGUUUUUGGUUUUUUGAACUGCUUCGCAAGACGAUUUUCCCUAUGGGCUUGCUCCGCAAGACGGAAACGUCUUGCAAGUUUGUUUCCUUUUUCUUAAAACCGUUAAUACAGUUGCGACUUGACUUCGAGGAGCAACUCAUAGCACGCGGUGUGGUAGCCUUUUUUGAGGUUUUUGAAGACUUUGGUGAUUUUUGAAGCUUUUCCAAAACUUUUCCGACACCGUGCUUCACAAGACGAAAAGAACCGCAAGACGAAAAAACUCGCGGAACGAAUUAAUUUCAUCUUGCGAGGCACCACUGUAGAGGAAGCCUCCUGUCCUCUUUUGCGCAGGGAUAGAUUUUUAACAAGGGUUUUAAAGGCCCACAGAAGGAGUUAUUUUCCAGAAGAAAGUGACUUUUUAAUUCCAUUUUCUUGUUCGCUGUGAGGGGUGUUCAUGCAGGUGUGAGGGAGAUACAAAGGUUUUCAUUAAUGGUUGAGAGAGUGAGAAGUGUAGGCUCUUAGAGGCGAAUGCAUGUGUGUUCCCAUUUAUGGUAAGAAGUAGGCGUUCUUCCUGAGAAAGCUGCCAGCAGUUAGUAGAUGCUGAUUAAAUUUCUCAAUAUUACUAAAAUAUUUCCCCUCUAGGUAUGGGCAGAAUUUCUGGCUUGCUUUGUUAGAGGCUUAAGGAAACAAUUUUGUGGUGUCAUUAGAAGUAGAUACACUAGCAACCUUUCACCUCUGGAGCGGAGCCAUGUUUUUGAUCGCGUCAGUAUUAUACUUACUUACCUAGGACUGACUUUUGACUAGGCAUGUGUAGUACAGUCCGUAAGACUGCAGUGGUAUAGACCUGGACUUAACCCCAAUGGCACACGAUGGGAGUUCUUCCAACUAAAAAUGCAUUGGAUUUUGCUCCAAGAAUCUGAAGCUUCUCUGCUUUAGUGUUUUCCAGCACUUCCUGAGAUCAAACUGAUUUGCAUUCUGAGGAAUGUUUCAGGAAUUUACUGUGUGGUUACAGUUGCAAAAAAACGCUUUUCCCUGCAUGUGAAUUGUGAAAUCUUAAAUGGAGGCAUGUCCUUUCUUCUUUUUGGUUUGCACUUUAAAAAUAACAAAGCCCAUCCAUUCUCCACUCUCAGUAAUAAAAAAAGAGGUGUGGAGGAGGGGAUAUGCAGAAUUGAAGCAUAAUUGUAUCUAUUUAGGGGACAAAUUCCUCAGGUGGGUGUGUAAAACCUUCUAUCAAAACUCUGAUAACGCUUCCCUCCUCCACUCCAAACUAGAGAUGAGCACUAACAUUGCAUACAUCAGGGGUCGGCAAGGUUUACCUCACCUGGGCUGGUUCACUCCAGCGGAGAUUCCUCCGUGGGCCAGAUCACACGUGUGUGUGAGCGUGUCUGCCCGCGAUUUCCAUUGUCAGCGUCUGUGCAGACAUGUUUUUUCGGCGUCAGCGCAUGCGCAGACGCAAUUUCCAGUGCCAUGGAAGCGAUUCCCUGCACUGGUUUAGCGCAGCACGUGGGGACUCGCUGAGCAGGUGGCUUGGUUCGGAAGCAGCUCGUGGGCCAGUUAAACGACCCCCCGUGGGCCGCUUGUGGCCCAUGGGCCUUAGGUUGCCCAUGGGCCUUAGGUGCCCUGUCAUAAACCAUGCUCCGUUAUUUGCAUGCUGGAUCAUGCAGCUAUCUGCUUUUACUGUGCUGUUUUCAGAGACUGGGUUCAGGAAGUAAUAUUUCCCUUCUACUUAAAAAAAAAAUUACAUUGAGUAGGGCAAGUUGUAUGUGGCUGUAGUCUGGAUGCUCUGUCUUCUAUAUUAUUGACUGAGGAUGAAACUUUUCAGUUUUAGUUGGUGGUUUCCUUUCUUGGACAAUAUUCGUCCGCUGCUCGACUGUCUAGUACAGAAGUGUGUACAGUCGUACCUUGGUUUUUGAACAGUUUAGUUCUCAAACGUUUUGGCUCCUGAACGCCACAAACCCGAAAGUGACUGUUCCGGUUUGCAGACUAUUUUUGGAAGCUUAACAUCUGACACGGCUUCCGAUUGGCUGCAGGAGCUUCCUGCAGCCAAUCUGAAGCCGCACUUUGGUUUUCGAACAUUUUGGAAGUCGAAUGGACUUCUGAAACGGAUUCUGUUCAACUUCCAAGGUACUACUGUACUUGUUUAGCUGUGUUCAAGUUUAGUACAGAGGUACCUUGGGUUACAGACGCUUCAGGUUACAGACGCUUUGGGUUACAGACUCCGCUAACCCAGAAAUAGUACCUCGGGUUAAGAACUUUGCUUCAGGAUGAGAACAGAAAUCGCACGGUGGCGGCACAGCAGCAGCGGAAGGCCCCAUUAGCUAAAGUGGUACCUCAGGUUAAGAACGGACCUCCAGAACAAAUUAAGUUCUUAACCGGAGGUAUCACUGUAUUUAGUGUAAGAGUAUUCAUACAGUGAUACUUAUUCUGACCACAGCGGCCACAAAAAUGCCAGUGGCAGCCAUGCGCUUAAUUCUGGAAACUGCUACCUGAUGCUUCCAUGGAUGCCCAGUAUAAAGUGAGAUCUUGUCUCCUUUUGUACCAAGCACAAGAGAUUGUGGUCCCCUUCCAACAUCCUUUGGCAUGUGGAAGAACUUGAGGGGUGGGACAGAGUACUUUGACUCUUACUUCAUACCAGUUUUUGCAGGAAAAGCAGUGGGAGUAUUACUGACUUCCCCCAGGCUUGUUCAAAGUGAGUACCUCUUGCUUUAGUCCUUGCAUUAGGCAAUUACAGGCAUUAGCUGGAGACUCUCAUGAUGCUUUGGACAAAUGAGCUGCCUCUAACAGAGUGAUUGGAGGGAGUGGGGAGACACACAGUGAUGAUGGCAACCAAAAAUUUUGUCCAGCUCUGAAACUCUGCUAUAAAGUUUUUAGACUUAUACUUUUCUUAUAAGAAUAUAUAUGCCUGCCACUGAAGUUCUUCAGUGAGUUCUUUUUACUACUACCAAGCAUGAUAACCAUAUUGAUGUAGUGGAGAGUCCAUAGUAUUUGCACUGGGGAGGCCUGGGUUCAACUUUCCAUUGGGCACCUAACUCUUGUUCUAGAACAGCUACAGUUUCUUAGUUCUGUACUUCACUUGCUAAAAUAGUUUAGCAUCCACAGCAUAUAGCUGGUAAUUGUUCAGCUUGAUGAAGAUGUUAACCCAGUGUGUGGUAACUGCAGAAAGGGCAAAAUCUAUGCUAGGGAUCGUUAGAAAAAGAGUUGAAAAUUACAGUGGUACCUCGGGUUACAUACGCUUCAGGUUACAGACUCCACUAACGCAGAAAUAGUACCUCAGGUUAAGAACUUUGCUUCAGGAUGAGAACAGAAAUCGUGCUCUGGUGGCGCGGCGGCAGCGGGAGGCCCCAUUAUCUAAAGCGGUGCUUCAGGUGAAGAACAGUUUCAGGUUAAGAACGGACCUCUGGAAUGAAUUAAGUUCUUAACCUGAGGUACCACUGUAUAUCACGAUUGCUGAAGUAACGAAGGAACUACGCAGAGGCGAACGCAGCAUGUCCUGGCAACUGCUACUACUUAAGGGUCUAAAACUGAUAAAUGAUACUAUCAAUUACCUCAUGGUGAUUGUCAGCAGUAGGCAAGUUCUAGUGGGCAAGUCAAAAUGCAUCCAAAUGAGACUUUUGCUUUUGGGCUUGGCUACCAAGUGGUGGUAUAUGCCCCCCCCCCCCACAUAUGCGUAAAAGUUCUUAGAAGUAAAUGAAAAUUGCUUGUUGUUGUUGUUGUUGUUUAGUCAUUUAGUCGUGUCCGAUUCUUCGUGACCCCAUGGACCAGAGCACGCCAGGCAUCCCUGUCUUCCACUGCCUCCCGCAGUUUGGUCAAACUCAUGCUGGUGGUUGUAUUUGACUGAGUUAUUGAUAGGACUAGGAAAUUCAGCAAAUCUGUCAGGCUUCUAGAGUUUGAACGGGUAGAGUUCCUUACUGUUUGUCAUCUUCUUCAGGUGCAGAGUGAUACUGAGCAUCAAGGCAGCCUUCUUUGCUUAGAUGCUUCCAUCUGUAUUUUAUACACAGAUUCUCAUCUUUGUGGGUCAGACACUUUGCUUAGACACCUGGCAUAUGUUGCUGCUUAACCACUAUCUAAUGCCAGCAGCAUUCAAAUAAAGCUACCAGGUGAUAUUAAGAGGACAGGGGCAAGGUUGCAGGGAAUAUAGUCACCCUCCUUGACCUUGAAAAUACUGAGAUUGAAUGGAUGAUAAGUCCAUAUGUGCGCCUCAGCCCCCUUGCUCAUCUUGCCCAUGCCUUGUAGUCCUCUUAAUGUCACAGCAGCAAUCUUCUUGUGAGAAGACUUUGCUUUCCCUUGCUCUGUGAGUGAACUUGCUUAUCAGACCAGUAUUGCUUUUGCCCCCUUUUACCUGGCAUCUUCUUAAUAUGUAUGGAGCAUCAUUACCUUUCUAUUUCUGGUUUGUUGCUGGCUCAACCUCAGGUUAGAUUAUCUGCUUAAAGGCUUUCUGCCCCACACCUGGUUUGUGGGUUGUUUUCAAGCCGACUGCAAACCCAUUCAAAACAGAUCUUUGUAUAAGACCUAUGUUUUGUACAUACCUCCUCAUAGUUUUUGAAAUGUCUUCUUCGUUUCCCCUGGCUGCCUUAUACAUUCUAUCCACGCAGCUUCUAAGAAAAGUAUUUUAAAUACACACAGUUGGAAUGAUACUCAACACAUGCCAAAGUCAAACUGCUAAUCUUGGUAGCAAACUAUCUGGAGGAGCUGCAGCCCAGGAUCCCCUGGUGUUUGGAUCAGCAUAAACUGAAAAUAUUUUCAGGCAGUACUUCCGGCUCUGCCCUGUUUUUAAGUUAUUUCCCUUGCACAGUGAUCAAAGAGCUGCUUCAGAAUGUUCUUUGUGAAGAUAACAUGUGGUCUGAAAAGCCAACAGGGGGGCUAGUUUCUUAUUUAUAUGCCAUUUGUUUAUGGGAUAAGGGGUUAGCGUUUUGUUUUGUUUUGUUUUGUUUUUAUGCAUUUUGUGUUCUCAUUUUGUAUUUUUAUGUUGUGAACUGCCCUGCGAUUUUCAGAUGAAGGGCAGUGUACGCAUUCAAUAAAUAAUAAUAAUAAAAUCUGAUAUCAGGAGAGGAAAUCUCAUAGAAAUCUCAGAACUCCUGUGAUUUGUUAAACAACUGCGUUCUUCCUUUGUAGUGUUUUACCCUUUCAGAUGUGAUGUGUGCUAUAGUAAACUUUAGAGAUCAAUCUACCAAGCUCUUUUGCUGAGCAUUCAUUUUCAUUGAGGCAUCCACAAGAUAUUUGUGGCUGGUUUCCUGUGAUUUUUAUGACUUCCAGUAGACUUAUUCACAUGCUCACAGGUAUUGUGUGCACUACUUGUAACACUGGUGAAGGUAGCUAGCAAUCAUUACAAUUUCUGGCGAAAUUGUGCCCCUUAGGAACAUCCUUCUAUAGCAUGAUGUUUUUGUUCAUUCUUUGUUUUUGCCCUGCAGCAUGACAUGCUUUAUAUUUAAUUUGAAUUCUCAAGUUCUACUUAAUCUCACAUGUAACUGUUAGAGAACGGGUUCAUGUGAUCCAUUGAUGUGCAGCUGCAAGCUACAUUUCUUUCUGGGUUAAUGUUCUAUGUGUGAUUUGUGUCAAACGUGUCCAAGUGUCUUAGCACGUCAGAGCUUAACCCUUCCACCAGGAUCUUACUUCCUUUUUUCACUGAUGAAGGCUACCUCUUUCUGAAAAGUGCCCUGGAGUCACUCUUUAUCCUUUAAGGAGGCUGGAUCACUUAAGUCUGUGUUAGUAGUUGUCUUUGUUCAGAAUUAGAAUGGCUUUCCUCAGUGCCUUGUGGCUUAGCACCUUCUUUUAGAUCACUUGUUUAGAUUCCCUGGGAGCUUCUAUUAACUUUAGGUGUGUGUUUCAGUUUCCAUUUCCUAGUCUCGCGCCAAAUAACUUUAUAAUUCACAGCUCUUGGAGUAUCACGUACUUAGAAAUGCGGAGCUGAGGGCUAUGGAUAUAAUUUGCUUUUACCUUUCCUAGGACAUGUUGGCAGAUUCUCGGUUGCGUGACAGCAGGAUGUGUGGUUCAGGUUGAUCUUUCUCUUUGUGGAGGUGGCGAUUCACUGGUGGUUACUGACCUGCAUUCCUUUCCAACAGAGAUGCCCCAUUGAUGCUGUUUCACCUCUUCAACUGGCCUGCAGCUGCUACUCCCUUGGCACAGCUUUGCAGGAACUCCAUUCUUUAUGUUCUCACAUGCACACAACAAUUAGUGUUACCAACUUGUCCUUUUAGUGAGACUGUAAGUGAAAAUUGUGAGCCUCAAACUCUUUAUUUCAGCACUCUCUAUUUUUGAGAGUACCAGUAGGCUGAAAUAAGAGCUUUAGGUUACACAAUGGAAUUUAUUUCAAUAACAUGUAUAGUAGCUUACAGAACAUCCAUGAGGUCAUCUCUUUUUCCAUUAUCGUGUUUGUAUAAUUUGACAUACUUUUAUCUGGAAGAAGAGUGUGUUUGAUCAAAAGUAGGGGGUCCCCUUCUCAGCACAGGUUUGUUUCAGCGUCUUUGAAAGGAGAUGCUGAGAAAUUCCAAAUGUGUCUCAAGAAAAGCUUUAGAAGUCGACUUCUAACUUGAACUGAAGAGCUUAUAUCUUUUAAGCCAGAGCUGGAGGCUUCUUAUCAUUGCUGCUGUCAAAAUAUUAUCCCGUGUACUUUUGAAAAUCUUGCCUUCACAGUAUCUUCUUCUUACACUGUAUACAUUUUUUGAAAAAGGGCACUGAAAUAAAAGUGCAACCUUUCAUGGUCAUGGUCCAGUCUGUGGUUGCCUGUUGGCGAGUCAAUUGUUUCACCAGGAGACAUUGACAGUUUCAUAGUCUGAGAGGUAUACACCUGUUCAUCCAGUGUACUAGCAACUCUGUGAUUUUUAGGGCCAGAGUUGAUGAUCUGUCCAGGAGGGCAAAUAGUAUCUUGAAGGAAAGCAAUUUAUAUUGGGAAAAGAAGCGGGGGGGGGUAUAAACAACCCCCUCCAAACACCUUGGCCCUGCUUAAGUUGAAGAACUCCCUCCCCACAGAGUGCGGGACCUUCAGUAUAUGGCUUCCAGCAAAUGCUGAAGACACGCCUCUUUACUCUGGUUUUGACACUUGAGGUUUAUAUUUUAAGGAUGCACCUUAUUUCUGUAAUUGCAAGUUGCUUUAAACUGUUUUUAAUAAUGUGUAACCUGCCCUGGGACCUUAAGGUGAACAUUGGGUAAUGAAUUAUAUAUAUUUUUAAUAAGAAUAGCUUCCACUGCCUACUGAAUACUUUUUUAUUCUGGCAGGCAUUUAAUUGAUGUUUUGUUUUAUAGUUUGUUUUAUAAUUUAAAAAAAAAAUCUAUUUUUUGUACUGUAAAGACUAUUGUAGUUAAGCAGUGUGCAAAUUGCUUAAAUAAAUACCAUAUUUUUCUGUGUACAAGACGAGGAAUUUAUAUUUUAAAAAUUAUGUUAAAAAUUGGGGGUCGUCUUAUACAUGGAUAGUGCAGUGUGGGGACGGGUGAUUGGUUCCUGCCAUGAGCAGCAGAUUGCUAUCUGCGAUUGGACGGGUGAUUGAUGGUCGCGGCAAUGGCUGUUGUUGAUUUGCUUCCACCGCGGCAAUUGGGUGGGCUAUUGGCAGGUGCUGUUGGUGACUGGGCAGAUGAUAGGUGGCUUCGGCAACGUGUGAUAUUGUCUGCGUUUGUCUUUGGGAUUUUCGGCAAUCCCUCUUAAAAAAACGCAACAACUCUCAACAACUUUGGGCAAUCCGUCCCCUAUUUUUUUAAUUUGUAGUCCCCAAAAAUAGGGGGCGUCUUAUACUUGGAAAAAUAUGGUACACCCACACACCAGUGACUGCUUUUAAAAUAGGUCCGCAGAUGCAAUCCUGUCUCAUUGAGCUUGGCCCUUCAGCACUGGAUGAAAUCUUGCCAAGCGACUCAUUUCACUUUGAGUCAGCAUGGGCUGAAAAAUCCAUGUUCGAUAGCUUUGUAGAAAGGCUAGGCCAGAUUCUCUAACCCUUUAUCUUCAGUUUGAAUGCCUUAGGCUUGGGGUUUACAUGCUAAGCUUGAACUGUUUAUUUAUCUUUUCAGGUGCUGGAAAACUACUCUGAUGGACCCAUGACCCCAAAACAGAUUUUGCAGGUCAUAGAAACAGAAGGCCUAAAGGAAAUGAGGUUGGUAGUGUUCUUCGUGUUUAAGUUAAAAGUAUGGUGUAGGAUGAAGAUGACUUCUUUAUUUCCUCUAGUGCACCUCUUCCUUGCCUUUAAAAAACUGAAUUUGGUCUGGAAAUGUUCCAUGUCAUACUUUAGGUUCAAUGGGUGGAUUUGAGAAUUAUUUUAUUAUUAUUUUUUCCAAUUUAUACACCGCCCUAUACCCAGAAGUCUCAGGGCGGUUCACAAACAAGACCACAUAUAAAAUCAAACCAAAAACAAUAACCCAAUAGCCCUGCAUAAUCCAGGCAUGUCCAAAGUCUGUUUGGGGAGCCUAAUUCAACCCCUAAAAAACCCUCAGGAACUUCAGUCCUAAAGAAAGCUCAACAAGUUCAACCUUAAAUAAAGUUUAACAACUUCAAUCCUAAAAAAAAAGGCCAACAACUUUGGUCGGCCUGGGCCUCUGAAAAAAAGUUUGGACACCACUGGAAUCCCAUGCAAUGCAUAGGCUGAAUUGCAAGCACUCCCCGCCCCCCCAAACAAAGCAGUUACUUGUGGAAUUGUCCCAGGCAUGAUGAGCAGGUGAAUUUGACAAGGCUAAAUGUCAUGUUUAAACCCAAUGGAGUUAGUUAUAUCAUGCUGUUGUAAAAUUAUCACAGAGACCUUGUACUUCGAUGGCUCUUAACUGUUUUUGUCCAUCGGGGUGUUCAUUAGAUUGUAUGUUCAUUGUUGCUCUUUUUCACCAUGUGAGCCUUUUUCCAAGGGAUUGUGGAACAGCCUCAUUACUCUGCUGCUGGAAGAGCAGCACUGGUUGCUGGUUUGAUACUAGACCAGGUUCAAGGCACUUGUGUUAAUUCACAAAGCCCUAAAUAACUUGGGCCUGAAGUAUGUUACGCACUGUCUGAUUUCUUACGUUCCACCUUGAUCGCUGAGAUCCUCUGAUGGGACACUUCUGAUGGCUCCCCACAUGGCCCCUGAGGUUUGGCUGGCCGUCACUAGAGACCAGGUCCCGCCCUGUGGAACUCCCUGCCAGUAGAGGUUCGGCAGGAACCACCUCUCUUCAUUCAGACAUCUUUUGAAAACUAUAUUGUUUAGACAGGCUUUUGUAAGAUGAGUUUUCUUUGUUAAUCAGUGUUUAUUGAUUCUCAUCAAUAAAUGUUGUACUGGGCCUUGAAAUAGUUCUGUAAAAGUAUGGAUUCUAAAUAUGUAAAUAAAUAAAUUAAUCUCCCCUCCCUCCUGAGUAUAAAGUGUGUUAUCAAGGCAAGAGCAAACAAGCUUGUUGUUGUUGUUGUUGUUGUUGUCGUCAUCAUCAUCAUCAUCAUCAAAAGAUCUCAUGGCGGUUUAGGUAGAGAUCUGAGCCCCUACAUUUAUCCAUGUGCAUUUUAUUGUUGAGUUAAAGAUAUACUACAGACAGAGGGAGGAAUUCAGCACUGUGCUAUUACAAUUGUUCAGUCAGUGCAAGCUUUUCAUCUUGUGGGAGGGCAGGGUGGGAGUCCCAUUUCACUAGCAGAACUUGUUUCACUGGCUUCUGCUAGUGCAUCUGAUUAGUUGAAUCUGGCCCGUAGUAUGUUUGGUACACUCUGACACUGUGUUUCGGGCUGAGAUUCAGUUAUAAGACAUUUCAGAAAAUGUUCAGAGUACAAUCUUUCAUUUUGCAGCACCUUUAACUGAGACAGGAGCUUAAAUGCAGGAAUGAAAGUGUAGACUUAAAUAGAUAUACCUAUAGUCUCCAGCUGCAUUUAAUAAGGUAGAGAGUUAUUUGCAGAUGAGAUAAAUAAUUUUAUUUGCACUUCAGAAGUAAAGUGCCCCAAGCUGGCUAUACCCUGUUACUGUUUUUUUGUCUGAAAUAGCUUAUCUCCCACCUGGAGUUUGAAUAUUUUGUGUUAAUUCCAUUCUGUUUUCUUUUGAUACGUCAUUUCCUCUCCACAUGUCACCGGCAUUGCUAUGGAAUCACUGCAUGUCUACAGAAGGUAAAUUACUUUCUAAAUAAGGAUGGGGGCCUCAGCAAAAAAUUGUCCUCAGGAAUUUAAAAUAUUUCCUCCUGGAUUUCAUUUCAUUUCAAUUUAUUUGCCACUCUGGUACAGAUCACAACUAACUUUGCUGUUAAUUCAUUAGAAAUGAUAACAAGUCGUGCUUCUUUAUCAGCUUAAAUAAUCUUACUGGCUCUUUAUUUUGAAGGUGUGACAUCUUUUCAAAUUAGCUGCAUCUGACAGAGCACUUUACGGGAGGGCGGCACAGUGAUGAUGGUGUAACAUUUUUUUAUUUUUUUUUAAAUUUCACCUAAAGAGCUCUGCUUUCUAUGUUUUGUAUUUUCUGUGAAUGCUUCUCUGUAAAAGGGGCCCCAAAGAACAUUUCAUCCAUUGUUACCAUGUUCACGAAGCCAAGGCAGUUUUGUGUUGGGAUCCAGCAUCGCUAAACAUCAUUAUGUCUUAUCAUUCUUUCCCAAUAUUUGAUAUUCCUAAAGCGGCAAACACAUAUUUGCGCUUCCUCCUUGCCUUUGGCAUUCUGAAAUAAAAUAUCAUGUUAUAACACAGUUUAGUUUUUUUUUCUUUCUUUCUUUCUUUAUUUAAACAGACGCCACCUUUUCCCCUGAUGGUACUCAAGGCAGUUUAGAUUCUUCUUGUCUCCACAUGCAACUGUGUCUGCAGUGAUGCGAAAGCAUGUGAAAUAGAAGGUGUGUCCUGGGCUUUUCAGUUAGGAGCCCAGCAUGUAGGCAUAGCCAGUGGCUUCUUCAAGGCGAAGCCCAAACCACACAGUUGCAAAGUUUGGAUGCUUCUCCCACUGGAAACUGAAUAUACUGGGAAAUAUACUGGGGAGGAGCAAGGCGGAAAAAUAUUUCUGCCCUUCACCAUCUCCUGUUUAAAACAAUAUUUUAGAAUCCUUAUUGUAAAAUUGGUCUUGACUGGACAAUAUAAAAUUAUUUGGCCAGAAAUUAACUUGAGAUUGCAUAGCACACCUUUAUGUUUCACAAAAUAAAAAACAGUAACUCUGUGCAAGUACUGAGGUAUUUGGUUUAGUAGUGAUUAUUCUGAUCAGGGAGUUUGAUGAAAACAGUAUGUUAUGCCGUACAGACAGGCUGAAAGUUUCUUUUCAACACUGGGGUGUCUUGCAGUGCUGGGUUGGGGUGGCUGAAGUAGCAGAGUUUCCAUAAUAACUUUCCUGUUAAUUAUAAAGCAACGUGUGUCUGAGCUGCCAUAUCCAAUGAUGCGUUUUUCCUUCCUUCCUUCCUUCCUUCAGUGGCACAUCCCCGCUGGCCUGCCUGAAUGCCAUGCUCCACUCCAAUUCAAGGAGCUGUGAGGGGCUUUUCUACAAACUCCCUGGGCGCAUCAGCCUUUUCACCCUCAAGGUAAGACCAGAUUGCUCUUCCUCCACACCAGAGAUUUGGCAAAGGUUUAUCUAGCUGGCAAAUAUUGAAUGAACACCUGUCACAUGAUAGAAUCUGAAAUCUAGACUUUCUUGCAAGCUGGGCUCACAGUCAAAGCUAACCUGCUAUUCAGCUUACAUAUUCUAACCUGCUUACAUAUUCUAAACUGCUAUUCAGCUUAUAUAGCGCUCAUAAUAUUUUUAAAUAUUUGAGCAUUAGUGCCAUAAGACCUACUAACCUGACACACAGCAUAUUGUUUUUUUCUAAAGCCAGUGCUUAAAGCAGCACUUUUAAUCAAGGUGGAUGGAUCGAAUUAGUGUGUUUGCUAACCUAUCAACCAGUUAUUGGACAUCAGGGUUCCCUUGGGUUCAGUAUUAUCCCUGUGAUUUUCCACUUUGAUUUGUAAGGGAAAAUUCACCAGAGCUUUGAUUGGCCUUUCUAGAAAGAUGCUGUGCAGUGGUCCCGGAACCUGUCCGCCCCUGAAGGAGAAGAGCUGGAUGAUGCUGCUGAUGCCGAAAGCAGUGGCUCCAACGAAGCCAGCACUGUGAGCGGCGAUAAUGACAGUAAGUGCUUGCCUGGCCGAGUUUUUAUUUUGUUAACAGAAUCUGUAUAACCCUCUCAGCAGUUUACAAAAAAAAAUACUGAUAAAAAUCAGAAGCUAAAAACAUUUACCCAAAAAUGUCAAAAUAUAAACAAUCAUCACAAGUUGAAAUAUACAUUAUAAACUUCCGGGGUGGCGCCAUCGACAAUGGUGGACUCCCUCUGAACAGGAGGGACUAGCUCCGCGGGAAACGGGUCUUCUCCGCUACGGCGAAGCGGGGACCCUUUUAAAAAUCACAGGCGGAUGAAGCCUGUGACCAUGGGACUCAGCGGGCACCCUUAGCGCCCCCCCCCCAACUCGCUAAGGAACCCACUAACGGGCUCCGAAGCGAAGAGGGGGAAGUGGCGCGGUGCUGUGAGUCAACUGCUAUUUCCGUGGAGCGAAGCCGCACAGCCGUUGCCGGAGAGCGCUGCCUUUUUCCUGGGACAAUUUGGACUCUAAAAUAAGCACCCGUGAGUACUUAGACUUUGAACAACUGGACAUUAGAUAAGGACUUGCGAGCAGAAAGGAAUUGGAUUUUAAAAACCUAUUUUAAUUUGGUACGGAACGGGAAGGUCUAAACAGGAAGUCAGCCUUCCGUUCUUCUGUAGACAGAAUAAAGCAAAGACAACGUAAACUAGAGCUUAGAAAAUCGCCUUUAAAGGAUUGGAUUUCAUCAUUUAAAAUUGUGGAUCCCCCUUCGACAGCAGGAGAAGGAGGGGAUCUUUUCCGGACUGUUUAAAGUGAGUUUAAAGUAAAGUAACUUUCCUCCGUCCUGAUCCUGGAGCGGGGUGUCAGGACUGACGUUUGAAGUUCAUUGACCAGAGACAAGCAUUUUGACAGAUAGCUAAAAGAAGAGAAACAUAGUGAUUCCACUGCUUCCCUUCGCAUCUUUAAGCAACAAAUAUUGACAAAGUAUCUCAAAAAGGGAAACUUUGUUGCAAGAACAAAUAGAAGUUUUCCCCCUAGAGGGAGACUGUGUAACUGUAACCAACUCCAGGGAGCCGGCAGCUGUUACAGAUAACAAUCGUGGGAACAGGCAUUCGACCUUGCAGGACAAUGUAUUCAGAAGCUUUGUUGUGUGCUUUCUAUAAAACAAAUGCCCUACUGGAACAAUUACAUGAAAAGGUGAAUUGGAUGGCGACUUCGACUAGAAAUUUUGAACAGGCAGUGGGAAAUUUUGAACAGACAGUGGGAAAAUAUGUGGAGCCCACUCAGGAAUUAAAUCAGGAGUGUGUCCUGACAGAACAGGCCCAACAGGAAUAUGAGUUUUCGGAUUUGACAAAUGAACUUGGAAAAAGCCAGAUUUGGAAAGAAAAAGUUUGGUUUGGCUUGGAAAUGGGGGGCUGGAUUGACCUCCCUAUGCUGGGAUGUUUGGACUUUUCAAAUCGGACAAUGGGCCGUGAGAUGUUUGGGAUUGUGGGGGCUCUUAAUUUCGGAGGGUCUUUGAAACAUGCCUUUAAAUACCAUAUGGAAUUCAGUGUUGAAUAUGGAAAAGAGGCUGAUCUGUCGAGAAGGGUUAAAAAUAUUGCCAAGCUGGAGUUACCACGAGCAGGAGACAAGGGAAAAUACAGUUACAAAUAUGAAGAAGAGCUGCGGAAGGGACAUGGAAGAGACUUGAGGGCCUCGGAUAUAAGGCUGCCAGGUUAAUGGGCUAGAUCGACGGGAUAAUAAGGACUGACAAAACCCGGAACCAGGAGGAAGGGACGUUGGAUGAAGAUUGGAUUUGUUUGUAUUUCUUUUUUUCACCAUUAGAACUGUUUUAUAAAAUUGAUGAAUGUUAGAAAAAUGUUGGAAUGAAACUACUUGGCUUUAGUAAAGAUGUUUAAAGAAUUAUGAAAGAAUAUUAUGGUUAUGAGAAGUUGGUAAGGAUAAGAUUUAAGUUUUAAGCUCUAAGGUUUAUUUUAUUAUAGAAAGAUAAGAUUAAAACAGUUUAGGGUAAUGUAAUGACAGAAUAUUAUGAAAUAUGGAAAGGAUUUGCUGGGAUAAUUAAUAACUAGGAUACAAAGAAAGGGAGGAGGAGGAGGUCAAAGAAAGAAGGUAAUGACAGUUGAGGAUAUGAGAAUAAUGAAUUUGUUUUUAAAUGUUUUUUAAGUGUGUGUGAUGUACUUUUGUAUUUUUUUUCUUUUUGUCACUUUUUCUUAUUUUUGAAUUUGUAUGCAUACGGUUGGAAGGGUUUUUUUUCUUUCUUUCUACUUUGUUAAUUAUUUUUAUUUUGUAUUUUCUACUGCUUUUAUUUUAUUUGGUAACACUUUGAAAAUUUCAAUAAAUAUCUUAUUUAAAAAAAAAGAAAGAAAUAUACAUUAUAAACUAAAAUGAUGUUUGCUUCAGAUAGAAUUGUAGAGUUGGAAGGGACCCUGAGAGUCACCUAGUCCACCUAGUGGGCUUGCCUAAGCGAAGAAGUUUGGGGCAGGUGCCAAAAACAUGUAUUAUUAAUAAUUUAUUUAUUAAAAAUAUUCAUAUACUGCUGCAUCAUAAAAGUAUAUCACAGCAGUUUAUAAAAUCAUAAAACCAGACAAUAACAUCAUGAAAAGUUAAAAGCAAAAAAAUAAAUAAAAACCAAACAUAUCAACACACCAUGUUGGGAGGGUGUAAAGAGUAAGGUUACCAUAACUUCCGUCAUAGAGCUUCAAUAUGUUGAUGACAUAUUGGAAAAUGUUGAUCACUUUUCCUACCUGGGCAGUUAUUUUCCCACAAGGGCCAACAUGGGUGCUGAAAUCCAGCAUUGCCUGAGUUCUGUGAAUGCGGCUUUCUCCCAAUUGAAGUGCAGGGUGUUUCAGGACCGGGACAUUCACAGGGAAACCAAAAAGCUCGUUUACAAAGCUAUUGUACUACCAUCCUUACUGAACAUUGUGAAACAUGGACCGCUUAUAAACAACAUCUCCAACUCCCCAAAAGUUUCUAUCAAUGGUGUCUCCCCAAAAUUUUACAUAUCACUUGGGAAGACAGGCGAACUAAUGUCAGUGUACUGGAAGAAGCAAAGAUCACCAGCAUCGAAGCAAAGAUUCUUCAGUGUCAACUUCGUUGGACUGGUCAUGUUCGGAUGCCUGAUUAUCAUCUUCCAAAGCAACUGCUCUAUUCCGAACUUAAAAAUAGAAAGCGUAAUGCUGGUGGUCAACAGGAGGUUUAAAGACUCUCUCAAGGCAAAUCUAAAAAAAAGUAGUGUAAACACUGACAAUUUGGAAACACUGGCCUGCGAGUGCCCCAAUUGGAGAACAGCCUUUACCAAAGGUGUCAUGGACUUUGAAGAUGCUCAAACUCAGGACGAAAGGGAGAAACAUGCUAAGAGGAAGGCACGUUCGGCAAACCCUCAUCGUGAUGCAACUCCUGCCUGGAAACCUAUGUCCCCACUGUGGAAGGAUGUGAGGAUCCAGAAUUGGCCUCCAGAGUCACUUAUGGACUUGCCGUUAAGACUGUGUUCAUGGAAGACAAUCUUACUCAGCUACGCGGGAUUGCCAGAGAAGAAGAAGACUCUUAAUUGGCUGCCUAGGCCUGGCAGAAGAGAAGAGUUUUCAGCAAGCGUUUAAAGGUUGGCAACAGAAGGCAACAACAGAAUAUCAGCAAAGUAUUCCACAGGACUGGGCCGAUGACACUAAAGGCUGUUUUUCCACUGUUGUCAAAUAAGCCUCACCAACUGGGGGAGCCUGCCUGGUUUCAGUAGGCAGGAAGUUCCAGACUGUAGUUGCUGCCAUGCUUGAAAUAUAAUUCCUUUCAAGUGGAGACUGAGUGGCACUUGUAAAAAGUCAGUUCUACAGAUCAAGGUGGUUGAGUGGGCAUAUGUGAGGUAAGGUGAACCUUCAAGUAAACGAGUCCCAAGUUGUUAUGGGUUUUAUAUACCAAAAGUAACACCUUGAAUUGUUCCACUUACAGAUUGGCAGCCAGUACAGAUCUUUUAAGCAGAGGUGUAAUUGUCAUUAAUUCUACUCAUAUUGAUCCAGAGCAGAACUCCAGUGUAUAGUUAGCAGAGUAAAAACUUAAACACGUUGCAGAAUUCACAAAAAAAUAGAUCAAAGGCAAUUAGUAUUUAAUCCAACAGAGCUUUACUGCUGCUGACGGCAAAUGAGCGUAAUGGUCACAAAUCGAAUACAUUCAGGACUGGCCCUGUCCAUAAGAAAUCCAGUUGCAGCAGACUUAGUUUAAGUUUACAAUAACUUAUAAGAAGACUAAAACCUUAACACUAUAUACAGAACACCACACCAGAAGGAAAAAGAGGUAGAAAAGAGUGAAACCCGGGCUCCUCCUGGCCUUAUUAUUAUAGUCAGAGAUAACAGAAACAGUUUAAGCCAGCUUUACUCAGCUUCUCUGAAGGAAAAACCCAAACAUCAUGAACCUUCUGCUUGUUUCUUUCACACAGAGAAGCUUCCAGAAGCCUCUUGGAUUAAUUAGAAUAGGAAAGAUCUCUACACAUCAGAUCAAUACUUUCUGUAUCAAAAAAAUGCAAACUGACAGUAAUAUGCUGACAUGGGUUUCACUCCUGUGAGCAAUCACACUGCAGCAUUCUGCACAAACUGCACAAGGAGAGUCCCACCUUGCUGUAAUCCAGGCUUGAAUUCACCAAUGCCUGGAUUACCAUGGUCAAGCUGUCUCCGUCCAGGAAUGUCCAGAGCUGCUGUACCAGCUUCAUCUGGCAAAAGGCACUCCCAGGCUACCUGAGUCUCCAGUGACGAAGCUGGAUCCAGAACUUGCUUCUUCAGAGGAAGCGCAGCCCUGUCAGGGGCAGACAAUUGGCCAACCCUGAGCUGCUUGUUUCUUGCACCAAUGUUGAUGGGAUGAUUUUUUUUCUUUUCAGUAUCUCUAGAUGAAACCUCCUCAAGCGCCUCUUGUUCCACUGAGCCUCAGAGCAAGAAUGUACCUGCUGUUCGGGAGAGCCAUAGAGCAGCCUCACAGGUAGAAUGGGGGCAUUUGACUGGGGGCUUGUGGGCAGUUGGGGCAAAGCAGAAUGCAUCAGAAAGGACAGCAAUGCAUAUAAAACUUUUAAGUAAAAGGAGACGUAAAAAUAAAAGAAGGGCUCAACAGAGUUCUGGUGGAGUAGAAGGAGAAACCUGCAGCUGCACAGGUUGACCCGCCGUGGCAGUCCUUCUGCAAAAGUCUCUCCUUCAGUGGCUGCUGUCCCCGAAGGCUGAGUUCUGCCUCCACAAUUGGAGGCAGAGUGCUUCUGAACACCAGUUGUUGGGAUUCACAAGUGGGGAGAGUGCCCUUGCAAGAUUGGGCAGGCAGACUAGAAUUGCUCCAUAGAAGGGCCACAUAAAUCACCUACUCCACAUUUUUGCUGAAGGAAUCCAAUUAUGUAGAUUUGGCAAUUCGUCCAAGUAUAUCCCUCCCCUCCCACCGCUGACUGACUUGGCCAUAAUAUUUCAAAAAGGAGUGCCACUUGGCUCUUUAGGAAUGAAACAUAAUAGGAAGUUCACAGUUUGUGUACGGUCUGCACUGUGACUUCUUCUUCAGAAUGUUGAUCUGGCUGCUUAUGUGCUCGAGGACUAACCAGUUAACGAAGUACAGUGGUACCUCGGGUUACAUAUGCUUCAGGUUACAUACACUUCAGGUUACAGACUCCGCUAACCCAGAAAUAGUGCUUCAGGUUAAGAACUUUGCUUCAGGAUGAGAACAGAAAUCGGGCUCUGGCGGUGUGGCAGCAGCAGGAGGCCGCAUUAGCUAAAGUGAUUCUUCAGGUUAAGAACAGUUUCAGGUUAAGUACGGACCUCCGGAACGAAUUAAGUACUUAACCCGAGGUACCACUGUAGGUGUGUUUUGAAUUCAAGCAGAGUCACUGUGAUUGGGGAAUUCAACUUUGAGUUAGUUUACCCAGGUACACUACCUUAGGGCUUAACCAGCAGUGAGACUCUUUACUUGCUUCCUGACUUGUUUUGCCUCUAGCCUUUAAUAUAAACCUGCCUUUCUAAAUACAUAAAUUUGCCUUUUGCCUUGUGCUCAGUGAAUAUUGCAGAUAUUUGUGCUAUGAAUAUGCCUUAGAAUCUUAAGAGUUGAAGGGAGGCAUUGCAAGCCACAUGGACUGAUCUCUUCCCGGCUCAGUGCAGGAACUCUGGAGCUGGAGAAGCCCCAAGAUGUGGGGACCUCCAGUAAGGAAGGGAGAGGUGUCAUUGCCAAGCUUGUUGCUUUAGCCUAAACUGAUGCUUCCUCACCUUUUCUUUUUCCUCGCUGUGUUUCUUUUGGUCUUUUCUGGAAUACAGGCAAGCAAACAGAAGAAAAAGACAGGAGUGAUGCUUCCUCGUGUAGUUUUGACUCCUCUGAAAGUAAAUGGUGCUCAUAUGGAAACUUCUUCAGGUGAGCCAACUCCCCACCCCUGUUGACUUUGCACAUCUGCAUGAGCUCUCCAGUACCAAACCCCUAUCUGGCACCUCUCACAAGAGUUUCUGAGUGCCAUGCGCAACAGAGAUUCUUUGGCACUUUUUAGGUCUGCUAGGGCUAUGUGCUACACAUUGUACCUUGCUCCGAAGGCGGCUCACUGGGAAAUUGGUUUAAAGUGUCUCCUAGGCUUUGAGUUCCAUCCCUGGCUUCAUUUAACACUAUUAUUUUAACAGAAGAGAAGAAAGCAAUAGCUGCAGCAGCCACCACCCGGCCUCUGCAGUUGUAGAUAUUUGUAGGGCCUCAGCAUGAGUAGCCUUUGUUCAGAUCUCAUGGAACAUUCUUGGGUUGUUGUUUUUUAGUAGAUCAUUUUUAUUAAAUUUGCAAGAAUAUAGAAAUACAAAAAAUCCACAAAAAUGAGAUGGCAAAAAGAUGGUUAGCAGAUUAAAAUCUUGUACCUUCAUCCGUCUCAUAGCAUUGUUGCAAGGAAAAAUUAGAGACAUUUCUACUCUAAAAUAAUAAUAUUUUUUAUUUAUUAAAUUUAUAUACUGUACUACCCUCAAUCCAAGGAUCACUGGAGUGAUUUGCAGUAUAAAAACCAUCAAUAUUACCAUCAUCAAACCAUCCUAAUCAUUUAUGUUGUUCUUACAUCUAGACACUAUAUAAAAAGAAAAGAAUGAGAAGCUCUCUCAGCAGGCUUAGAGGCUGAAGACAGACAGGAAGGGAAGUAAUUGUUGCCAAGCAUAAUGACAGGAGCAAAGGGGGCUUUGAAACCAGAGAGGACUGGGUGGGGCUGCUCCUUUCCUGUUCAGCUGCCUAUCCCUUUCUGCGCUUACUCUCACUUCCUGCCUCCACCGCCCCAAAAAACCAAGAUAAUGGGAGCUGGAAUAAAUUGUGCAAACUGAGUACGGUAAUGUCAAGAUUUGUGUUUCUGUAGCGUGGCAUUUGCUCACCUGACCAUACCCUUACCUAUCCGAGUCAUAGCUACUUAACUUGGUGGAGGUUGUGUUUAAUAAGGUCCAGUGAGGAAUGUGGGGAGUGUUUAACGUUGUCUCGUGGGGUGCUCCUUGCUCACUGGUUUCAGGGUUCACAGGGAGACAAGUUGGUGGCGAGAGCAGCAGCAGCAGUGGUUCCUCUGCCCUGAGUGGCAACACUGCUAUACGCAGCAGGACAGAAAUCAGCAGGGACCCUCCACAGCUGAUCCGAGGAUUCCGGAAACCCACAAGUGGUAGGUGCAGUCUGUUGUCUGUAUCUAGAUUUCUUGCUUCAAACAAAAGGAGCGCAGGGCUUUUAUAGGCAAGGCCAGGCAUUCAGGUCUGCCUUGGAAGUCCUGCUUUUUGUACCAUCACCUUAGACCAGCACAUUUAUUUCUGCAGGCAUUUAAUGUAUAGUUUUACUGAUACAUUAAACUGAUUUUUGGAAUUUGCUGUCUUUAGAUGGCAAUGUGCUGAAUUUAUAUUUUUGUAAUUGAUGAUAAAGGUGGUUUUUGGUGGUGUUGUUCAUUGCAUUGCCCUGUGGGCAGAACAAUAUAGAGCAUUGCAUAAUUUUAACCUUCCUCUAUACUCCUGUGAGUAAACAAACUCCAUACAAAUCCUCAAGGAGCAGGAACGAAGAGAAUCAGUUACUGUACUUGUGCAGGACUAUAUUUAAAGUUUUUGAUAGAAUCUUUGUUCACUUUUCUCUGUCCAGACAAUGAAAAUCAUUUGUAAAGCAUGCUUGGUUUGUGUUUCUUCUACCACCACCGCAUGAGCUGUUGGUGUUUUCCUGUGGUGGUUUUCUAAAUGGCUGGAGGUGGAUGCUCCUGUUGGCCCCUGAAGUAUAGGGCUGGGGAGGUGUUCACUGCCCGAAGCAAGCAGCCCCAGGCCAGUUCUCUCUCCUUUGGGGGCCUGUCACUUUGUGGGGGGGGGGUAGUUGCUACACUCAUUCAUUCACACAUCUGUCCAGACAUGCUCCAGCUGUUUUCCUCCUGAAGCAGAAAGCCUCAGUGGUUUCGAAGUGGCUCCAUUGUGCUUGGCAUUCAGGUGAUGCCAAGGUCUUUUGAAAGACCUAAUUGUUGAAGCUGCCUGUAUCGGCCUCUACUGCUGUCUGUGUUGAUUUGUGGAAACCUGCCUGGAAGCGCCUUCUGUGUUUCGGAGGGCUACAGCUACCGGGUUGCGGGCAGGGCCUCUUGCGUAUAGACUGCGUAAAUAUUCCUAGUUUUAUGAGACUCUUCGGAAUCUGCAGGACAAAUGAAGAGGAACCGAGGCGAUGAUAUAGACUUUGAGACGCCUGGCUCCAUUCUCGUCAACACAAACCUGCGAGCGCUGAUAAAUUCCAGGACCUUCAAUGUUUUGCCCCUGCACUUCCAGCAGCAGCUUCUUCUCCUUCUCCCUGAAGUGGACAGGCAGGUACGGAUCCCCACCAGCCACGUCUUGCCCCUCUGUUCUGCGACACUUGUGCAAGCUUCUCAUCUGCUGUGGCUUGUUUCCUUUUAGGCCGGGACGGAUGGGCUGAUGAGGCUGAGUGGGAGCGCUCUGAAUAACGAGUUCUUCACCCACGCAGCCCAGAGCUGGAGAGAGAGACUGGCUGAUGGUAGGUGCCUGGGGUGGAGCGGCUGCUUUGGUAGAGGCCAGACAGUGUAUUAAGUCGAACUGCCCGGAUCCUGCGUUGCGGUGGUGCAAGUCACUCUGCGCCUGUUUUGAUUUAUGAGGUGGCAGCAGCACAGGCUCCAAACAACCUUAACAGAAACAUUGGCGGCUUUUCCCCAGUGUCAGCAUCCAUCUUCUUCGCUGACCUUCCACCUUGCAGACAGAUUCAGUAAAAUCUAAUUCUGUCUGCUUUAGCAACAAAGCCUGUUGGAGUGCGAGGCCUCGGAUGCCUCCUGCUCUGCUCAGUUGUGGAAGGUGACUUGGAAAAAAAAAUCUGUAGGAAGCUUCUGGUGGAUUAUGAGGCACCGGUGGUGAUACCUCUGUAUUUUCAGGGCAGAUCAGCAAUUUGGCUCUUAAGUAUUUUGAAUGACGUGCAUGGCUCAGAAGUACAGUGGUACCUCAGUUUUUGAAUGUCUCGGAAGUCAAACGUUUCGGUUUUCGAACGCUGAAAACCCGGAAGUAUCCAUUUCCGAACACGCCUCGGAAGUCGAAUGGCUUCCGCUGAGGGCCCCCCCCCCCCAUUUUCUCUACUGGAUUUGCCAACCGCCCUUUGCGCCUCGGUUUUCGAAUGUUUCGGAAGUCAAACUGUCUUCUGGAAUGGAUUACGUUCGAAAACCAGGGUACCACUGUACUUCCACCUCCUAGGCCAGGAAGCCACUCUAAAAUCAGAGACUCGUGCAAUUGUUUUUAUGAAUUUAUUUUUAGCCGACUUGAUCACUGUAUACUUUUAGUGAAAAGGCAGGGUAUAUAAGAUCCUUUCAGCUAUGAGUCUGUAUUAAAAGAUUAAAGAUCCUCAUCUUGCUGAAUCCCUGGAGGGAGAAAUCUCUAAAGUGGAAGGCAGCCAAAAUACUUUUAGGUUUCCUUUUAUCUCCCUUUCAAAGAUAACAGCUUUUGGCACCAACUUGGAUUCUAAGAAACCUGUGAGCGUCUGCCAUGGAGCUACUUUGUUGCAAACGAUUCUGGGCUUUGUUCUAACCUAGGGCACCCUCUUUGGCAUUGACAUUGUCCUCAUGCAAACUAAGUAGGUGCUUCGGAUCUUGCCCAGGCUGUCUUCUAGCUAUACAUUGCAGAGGACAAUUAGUUGUGUGGUGAACAAGCUGCAUUUGCGGGGGGAAACCUUGUUCACCAUACUUGUUUCCUCAUUGAGGAACCCCUGAAAUGCUGGGGAAAACUCCAAUGUUCCCCGGAUCAUGGCUCCCCUGUUGCUCUGAAGCAUUCAGCUGCAUCCAACGGGGCUUAUUCCCCUUGCUCUCCUUUUCUCAUGCACCCUCUGGAGCAGAUCUUGAAGAUGCAUGAGGGACUGCAGGGGAGAGGAAAAGGGGAGAUCUUUUGCAAAAGCAGAAUGGCAGCAUUGUGCUUCCACCUUUAAGACAGUUAGUAGAACUCUGUCAGUUAAAGAAAAAGUUGUUCAUAUGUAAUUAACAUAAGAUUUCAAACAACAUGUAAAGCAUUCAGCAAAGUUUCCCCACGUUGAUCGGUUUUUAAAAAUGAUUUUGCCCCAAUUAAUGCUGUCCCUUUGGCACCAAGGCAGAGCCCCCCUGAGAUCAUUACAGCUCACCUGACAAGAGCGCAGAAGUAUGGUCUCUUCUGCCCUGGACUUAACCCUGCCAUGCACUUUCCUGAUGCGACUUUUGUUGAGUUGGGAUACUAGCACCUGCUGCUUCCAGCUUCUCAUUGUUGGCUUUUUUGCAGGGGAGUUCACUCAUGAAAUGCAGGUUCGCAUAAGACAAGAAAUGGAGAAGGAAAAGAAAACAGAGCAGUGGAAGGAGAGGUUUUUUGAGGACUACUAUGGGCAAAAGUAAGUGGGUGUUUUUAUUGAAUACCUUUAAAAAACAAAACCACAAGCUAACUUCACCUGUUUCUGUGCUAUCACUUGUGGGGGGGGUGUAGUGUUGCAAGGGGACCUGCAGAGGUUUAACUCUCUCAGGGAGGCCACAGUUCACCAUCUCUACCUCCAACCUUUUAAUUUUUAAAAUGAUAUUUUACAGGUGAUAUCCAGCCAAGUCAUACUUGGAAUAGACUAAUCUAAUUUAAUUGACCCAAGUUCCUAAUGCUGGCUAUCACCCUAGGUCUUUCAAUUUGCAAGGGCAAUUAAAGUUCUGGCAAAUGAAUAUGAAGGCAAUGGGUUGACCUAGCAAGAAUUAGCACUUUUUAAAAAUGCUGUAGAAAUUCAACGCAGAAUUGCUUUAUAAUGUACAACAACCUAAGUUUAUCCUGAGGUGCCCCAGUUGAUCUUGGCUACUGGCUCAGGCAAGGUGUCAAGUUCCAGUAGAAUCAGCAGUAAUACCAUUAACUAAUAUGGGGUUCCUUUCACUUCUUGCCUUGUGUCCCUGACCUACAGGCUGGGCUUGACUAUUGAGGCGCCUCAGCAAGAAAAAGCAGCUCCAGUCAACAGAGAGACCAGGGCUGCCUCAGCCGCCCAAGAGGAAUCUCCAAGGGUGCAGCGUGGCCCUGUCACGCGGCAGCGAGACGGACACUUGAAGAAGCGCGCCCUCCGGUGCAGAACCCGGGAGAGCCUGAGCAAACUCUGCGAGGCAGAGCACGUGGAGGCGACGGCCAAAGAGGCACCGUCCCCGGAGCCGAAGUCCCCCAGUCAGAGGGACGCGAAGCCGGAAGUGGACCUGUGCGAAAGGAGCCGGGUGUCUCCGAAAUCGGAGAUUUCGCCUGAGGCCACCAGGAUCCAGAGCAAGGUAGAAGAUGCGAUGUCGGCGGCUGCCGCGUUGGGCAGAAUCCCCAGCCUGUCCCAGGAGCCCCAAGACCAGGAGUCCAAGGAGCAGAAGAGGAAGUGCUUUGAGCAGGCUGCCUCUGCCUCCUUCCCCGAGAAGAAGCCCCGGCUUGAAGAUCGUCAGUCCUUUCGUAACACAAUUGAAAGUGUUCACCCAGAAAAGCCACAGCCCACCAAAGAGGAACCCAAAGUCCCACCCAUCCGGGUAGGUAACAGCCUCAUACCAGGUCAUACAGGCCUUUGGGGACCAGGGCUAGAGCGACCUGAAGCAGCCUGUGUUCGAUACGUCUCCCUCCCUCUCUCUCUCUCCCUCUGGGCAUGGGUGGGGAAGGAAGGCAAGCAAGCAGGUGGAUGAGCUUGGAAACGCCUUCCCUCCCUCAGAAAGAAAGCUUAUUCUCUCUUCUGUUUGCUCGUCUGUAAAUGGAGGGUUCCUCUUGCAGUUACUUCCAACAAAGCCUUUUGCUUGGUUCAGUAUAGCUUAAAUGCACCCAUGCCAUUAACAGCUUUGGGCACUGUCCUCUUAACUUGGCCCCGCUUGGACAACUUUGGAGAGCCUCUCCCAUACCCUCUGCCCCAGUCCCAUUUGGGUCAAUUCCUAGAGCUUCACUCUUAGCAGAGCUUCAGCUUGCACCUUCUGGGUGAGAAAAGGCCUGAGUUGGAAAGGUUUUCCUGGGCAUAGAUUUUUUUACAGAAGUGUUUUAUUUGCUGCCUGCCCAGAGCUCAAGGUUCUUGCAAAAACAAUGAAAAGCAUUAAAAGACAGUACAACAAAAACCCAACUAGCUUAUCAGAUACUACUUCUUCCUAGGACUCUGGUAAUGAAUGCCUUUACCUGACUGCAUUCCCAGAAAUCUUUUGAGAAUAACAGUUGAAAUGACGUGCUUGCAAGUUUUCUGGAGCCCCAUCGAGGGCUCCUGUGCAGUAAUUCUAAAGCACACAUACCUGAGCACCAGUGCAUUGUGUAAAACGGUUGUUGUUCUUGUCUGCUUGUUUUACAGAUUCAACUUUCCCGCAUCAAACCCCCCUGGGUGGUUAAAGGUCAGCCAGCCUACCAGAUAUGUCCUAGGAUUAUCCCCAAUACAGAACCCUCCAGCCAGGACAGAAACGGGGACUCAGCCUCUCCUGACUUUAAGGCCUGUGCUGUGCAAGGCAGGAUCCAGCGAGAGGCUGCUUCUCCUGCCACCGCCAUUGGAGGUGGGGGUGGGCCGGGAGGAGGUGGAAGGAACACGGAUGAAGGCGGUGGUGGUGGUGGCGGCAGCAGCGGCGGCUGCAGGAUCCGGCAGCCCGGUCACCGCCCCAAAUACUGGCGACCGAAGAGAACUCGUGGGAAGUGCAGGUCAGAUUUACAGCGAGCACAGCUAUUGUCGUUUUCACACCUAGAAGAGGAGACCGGCUUUGAGCUGGCCAAAGCGGACUCUUGCGUGCAAAAGGCCUCUUCCCUGCAGGCUGAGGGAGAUUUUGCAUUUGGGCAGGCCUCCAGCCUGACAUCACUUCGGUCUGAAGGUGCUACCCAGCUUGCAGAAGCUUCCGGGGGCAGCUGCUUGGGAGGCGCUGUGGCCGAGCCGUCCCUUGGUCACCUAGCCACGGAGACGCCAGUGGGCAGCUCUGGGCAGCUCCCAAGUGAUAUAAGUAGUGAACCGUCUGCAGGCGCUGCUUCCCAAGAGGGACGUGGUAGGAAGGAGGGAAGUGAAUUUUCUCCAAGCAGCAAACAAAGCCGUUCUCCAGUGGCUCUCUUCAAAGGUGCAAGUAGAACGGAAGGGCAUGAGCAUGGCCACUGUUCCCCUCCGAAUUGUGCCUCUAUUCUGAAAGAAACCACCUCUGGUACUUCUAGCCGUACCGUUGGUCUGGAGAGCAAACUAGAAAAGGGGCUAGAUAUGACACCUGGCCCAAACAUAGAGGAGCAUAUCCCCAAUCCAGAGAACUUCAGCAUUGUCGGGACAGAGGAACUCUCCUCACAGUUCCACAUGUCCCCAAGCCAGCUGGCCCCACAGCAGCACGAAAGAGAAACGCCAGGCGGGCUACACACCACCAGCAAGGAUGAAGCUUCUCUGUCGAAGCCAUUGCUGUCUGAAGGCCUUCCCCCAUGGGAGGUGUUGCUGAGGACAGGAGUGGAGACAGACGGACAGCAGGCGAAGGCCAAGCCAAGCACCAGCCCCUCCAGUGACGAGGAAACCAGGAGCAUUCUGAGCGAGACAACAGAGACAGCAUCCGACUUGGAAGCUGAGCUGACGGAUGAGAGCGCAGAGUUGGGGCAGCACUACAGCAAAGCUACCGAGAAAGGAGCUGAUCCCGACAGGGGCCACCAGGAGGAAUAUAACAGGAUCAAAUUAGAAAGUUUGGUUAGAACUGACACUUCCUUGUGCAGGGAGGGCUUGCCGUCAGAAGCAGGGGCCACCAACACCUGUCAACCGCAGGCAUCUCGUCUGCAGGAAGCUUGUGAAUCUUCCCUCCGUGUUGAUGCAGAAGGCCAGGAAAGACCUCUGGUGGUGGAGACCCCCAAGCCUCUGUCUAUAGAAGCAAGCAACCCUCUGGUGGUUCAGUUGCUGAAGGGAAGACUGCCUCUCAAAGCAGUUCUUCCAGGGGCCCAUGGCAGCCCUAACAUAGUAGCUGCAGCCUCCUCUCUGAACAAAGUUUGUUCUUUCCCAGUGGAGAGCAAGUGCAGGAGUUCCCUUUCCCAAAAGCCCUCUAGGGAUGAGGGGUUGGACAUAAGUGGUGAAGUCGGCAAUGGAUACUGUGCACCAAGGUUUCCGAGGGACUUCCCCAAGAGGCAGUGCACUUCUGGCCCAACACCUUUGCCUGUGGAGAGGGUAGAGAAGGACCCAGAGAAAAGCUCAGACUCUCCAGAUCGAGCAGUGGGUACUUCCCAGAAACCUGAUAAGCUGGGCCUGGGAGGAGCAACGUUCUCUUCCUGCACUUACAACAAUAGAAAAGAUUCCUCUGCCGCUGUCCCUGCAGAAUCUCUUGCCCCUGGGAGCCCAGAAGAGAAGCUGAAAGCAACCGGCACAACCUCUCUGGGUCCAGAUCAACCGAGAGGAGGAGCUCUUGGGAAGAAGGUCUUUGGCUCUGGCUUCCCCUGCAGUGCAGCUGCCAGAGCCCAGUACCCCAGAGUCCUGGAACCCUCUCCCAUCCUGGGCAUGCUUUCACACAGUAAGCUGCUGCCGCCCCCCAAGAGUGCCGCGCCUGGACAUGGCGUGCAAGUCACACGGGAAGACUGGCCUCCGAAGCAGCGUGCGCACGUUGGAGGAGGCGGCGGCAGAGGAGUGGAGAACAAGAAGGUCCUGCCAUGCUCUGGCCCAGCCAAGAGGAACGUGGAGAAGAGGAAGGAGGCCCCUCCAAGCCCUGUGGAGCUGAUGGAGCACCUGCAAAGCAGCCCUCUUGUUGGGAACUUGCCCUUUUUCAAGUGGCCAAGGGAACUGGGGAAGGGACUUGCCCAACCCCUGGAGCCUUCCUCCAUCCCUUCCCAGCUCAACAUCAAGCAGGCGUUUUACGGGAAGCUUUCAAAGCUGCAGCUGAAUUCUGCCGGCUUUAAUUACGCCUCCAGCGUGCCAGGCUUCCCCAGGAGCCUUGCAGGAAGCAUGAUGCAGCUAAGCCACAAAGCGAACUUUGCCGCGUCCCGUGGCAUGUCCCUCUCUGCACAGAUGUUUGCCGAUAGCGGCAGCAUGGAAGAGAUUUCACUCAAGUGUUCAUGCAGCCUUAAAGCCAUGAUCAUGUGCAAAGGCUGUGGGGCGUUUUGUCAUGACGACUGCAUUGGCCCCUCCAAGCUUUGUGUGUUGUGCCUUGUGGUAAGAUGAUGAAUUACGGCCCUGGAAAAGGGAUUGGGGGGGGGGGAGCUGUAUAUUUCGUGUGUCUGUUUUGAUAACGAGGAUUCUGGAAUCUGUACACAAGAUAUUCUGGUCAUAAUAGAGGCAAUGUUAGCACUGUAUAUUUGAUUUUCCUGCUAGGAUUGGACCAUCCCGUUUCUGAGGGGUUCCCUGCCCCCACCCACAAGAAUUGCUGAACAUUCUGCUUGCUUAAUGCCUUUCUUGGCCCUAGUGAUUUGUGUUCCUUGAGCCCUUUGAGGAGGGAGGGUUUGCUCCAUGGGAACUGGAGCCAGCACCAUCCUUUUUUCUUUCUUUUUUAGCGGCUGGGUUAAGUAGACCCCGCUUGGCAGGGGGAGCAGAAUUCAGUCUUCCAUUCUCCCUUCCUGCAAUCUCCCUGGCUUGGGUUGGGGGAGAGAGGUGGUUGGUUUUUCUAGAUCCUUCCACUUAGAGAGAGCAGGAAAUAAAUGGUUGUGGGCUUCAGGGCUGGACGGCAGGAUGAGGGUCACCACCGAGAUGGUGAGUGUGGCAUCAUCUUCCGUAUUGGAGGGGCCUGGCUGUGCGCAGCUGUGUCAGGGCAGAGGCUUCAGCUGCCAUUGUCUUCUGUCGCAGGCAGCCUCUGCGCCAGAGGACUUGUAACCACCAAGGGGCAGUGGGGCUGGGUGUGACCCUUUUAUUUUCUAAGCAGAAAUUUUUUAACUUUUUGUUCUUGGGUGUAAAAAGUGAAAUGUUUGGCUCCUAUAUGUACCCUCUAUGCAUCUGUUGGAUCAUGUAUUUAUAUGUUGUACACAGUACUGGGCAAUUCUGUAAAUUGAUGUUAUGUACAUAAAAGGGUUUUUUAAAAUUCAUUUAUUUUUCAGGCUGCAGCAGUAUUGCAUUAAAGUGGUGUCGGUUACUAAUUGCUGUCCAUAAUCGGAGCUGUUGUGUUCUGUCCUGCCUCACGCCUGCAACGGCCUCUCCUGCUCUCUGAGCGAGAGGUGCAGCGUUUGUUUCAGGUCUCGCUCAGCUGCUCUGGCUCUGAAGUUGUGCUUCUCACUGCCCCUCUUGCAACUCUAGAGGGAGCUGGAGGCAAAAGCUCAGGUGGCUCGUUUAGCCGGUGGGAGCAGGCAAGCCAGCGCACCUCGCCUUGGGGUACCCUGCGUUGGCUGCAGCGGGCUUCCCUCUCGAGGGGCAAGGGAGGAAGCAAAGACUCCAUUUUCAUUAGAGCAAAUGGAUAGCGAAGGUCAGUCAUCUUCCUCUUCUCCUUUAGCUCCUACCUACCUCUUCCUUGACCGGACUCCUCUUUUUCAUUAAUUGUAGCCCUCCCCGCUCAAAAGCUAUAGAAGUGUAAAACCUGGACCUCGUUUUCCAGAAAGGUUUACUCUUAAAUCAAUGUAGCAGCUUUUUAGUUGGAAACAUGAAGAUGAGAGAGGUUAAAAGAAUUGCGGUAUUAAAGGCAACUAAGCUGAUGGUCUAAAACCUGCUUACCAAAGAUGGGGGGGCAGAGUUGGGGCCCCUCACUCUGCACCCCCUCGGGGCCACUGUAGUGUACAGACUGAUGCUGGUCUGGUGGGGAGGGGGAGUCCUCUCUGAUGACCCCUGGUGUUGUAUGUCCCUUGUGGUAUUGGAAAAAAAAUAAACAUUUUGAAAAAGCAAA